AUGGGGUACAUCCGUGCAGAAGAGGACACCUUGACCGGCCAUCUGCUGCUGGCAGACGGGACCCAAGCUGAUCUGUACACGCAGCCGCAGUUCGUGGAGACCAGAGCCAGGUUGCGCAGCCUGGCGGCAGCGUCAGUGGCGUGCUUUGCGGUCGAGUACCUGGGCCUGUUUGCCGGCGCCUCCAUCUUCAUGCGUGGCCACACCUGCCUGUACAUCCUGCUGCACUUCGCGGGCGCCGUGCUGACAGGCCUGUUCUACACACAGGCAUUGCCCCUCGGGGCGCUGGCCGCUUCGUUUGCUCUGUUCAACUGCCUGCCGGCGGCGCUGGAGCUGCUGACUUUGGUGUUUGUGGUCCGCGUCAGCUUUUUCAGCUACUGA